AGCCGUCCGAAUCCCAACUCAAUAAAAUAUGAAUCAAUGCCCCCCACACUUCGUCCCAACUGAUCAUAUAACUAUGAAUUGAGGGAAGAAUCCUCAUCAUCCUUUGUACUCUCUCCGCUUGUCCCCUUCCUUCCUUUCUCUCUUUCAUCUUCUUCACCAUUGCUCUACUUUCUCAGUGAUGAAGAGGUACAGAAAUGGUGAAAUCUGGGAUUUUGAGCACGAAAUGCCUGUCUCCCCAGAUGGGUCUGAGGUUGUUUUGGGCUUGGAUGGUGGCACCACUUCAACCGUCUGUGUCUGUAUGCCCUUCUUCCCCCUUUCCGACCGUCCACUCCCUGACCCUGUCCCCGUUCUUGCCCGUGCUGUGGCUGGCUGUUCUAAUCACAACAGUGUCGGAGAAACUGCCGCAAGAGAGACACUGGAACAAGUUAUGGCAGAUGCACUCUCAAAAUCAGGUUCAAAUCGAUCAGCUGUUCGAGCUGUUUGUCUAGCUGUAUCCGGCGUUAAUCAUCCAACAGAUCAACGGAGAAUAUUAAGCUGGCUCAGGGAUAUGUUCCCCAGCCAUGUAAAAUUGUAUGUUCAGAAUGAUGCUGUGGCAGCUCUAGCUAGUGGAACGAUGGGAGAGCUUCAUGGAUGUGUUCUAAUUGCUGGUACAGGGACUAUUGCAUAUGGAUUCACGGAAGAUGGCAGGGAAGCUCGGGCUGCUGGUGCUGGACCUAUCUUAGGUGAUUGGGGCAGUGGUUAUGGAAUAGCUGCCCAGGCAUUAACUGCGGUGGUAAGGGCUCAUGAUGGUCGUGGUCCACAAACUGCGCUUACAUAUAGCAUUCUAAGGGCACUUAGUCUUUCAUCUCCAGAUGAACUCAUUGGGUGGACCUAUGCUGAUCCAUCUUGGGCACGCAUUGCGGCACUUGUCCCAGUGGUGGUAUCUUGUGCAGAUGCAGGUGAUGAAGUUGCAAAUAAGAUCUUGCUAGAGUCAGUCGAAGAGUUGGCCUCCAGUGUGAAAGCUGUUGUCCAAAGACUUGGCUUGUGUGGAGAAGAUGGAAAGGGUUCUUUCCCUCUUGUCAUGGUUGGUGGUGUUCUUGAAGCAAAUAAGACAUGGGAUAUAGGCAAAGAAGUUGUAAACUGUAUCUACAAGGAUUAUCCUGGGACUCUCCCUAUUAGGCCAAAGGUGGAACCAGCAGUUGGGGCAGCACUAUUGGCUUGGAAUUUCUUCAUGAAAGAAGCUCACAAGUAAGCCUGGAGAAGCUGACCAUUGAUGACUUCACAAGGGUUCAUCAAUUGUAUAGCAAAAUACAAGUGACAGCUGAAAAACAAAAAAGGGCAGUGAGGAAACAAGCACUACAAAACCAAAAAUAAGCUUUAUUGUUCGGUAUGAGGGCUUUACUUUGGUCUAGCGUUGGUAGGCUGAUUUUUAUCUUUGCAUUUUUUUCCUUUCAAUUAUUCUUGUUCUCAUUUCAGAAUUGUAUUAGAUUCUUGUGGGGGGGCAUUUGCCUUCCAAGAAGAUGUAAAACAGAAUAAUUGAAACAGUGAUGAAAUGCCCAUGUAUGCUUGUGUUACAAUGCCUCUUCAGAGUUACCCAAAUGUUUUAUU